AUUCAUUUAUUUAUCAUCCCAGAAAUCAUCUGAUCAAUUCCGAAAGAUGUCAAGUUCAUUAGUUCAUAGUACAAUGUAUUUUUAAUUGAACGAAAAGAAGUGUUUUUGCAUUAUUCAUAGUUAUUUGAGUACACACUGGCAUUAUUUCGGAGUUAUUGCUCGAUAUUUGAGCAAAUUUAAAAUGAUCAACAUCGCUCAGCCCCAAACAUAACAUAUAACAUAACCCCCCAAGUCCCCAUAUAUCAUGACCAGCUUCAUAGAAAAUUCGCUAUAGAUAAAUUAAAUGAUCAAAAUGGAUUUUAUGCCAGUGAAAGUUGGCGAGAGGAAAGAAUUUAUUAAAACAAUUGAGUGGGACAUGAUGGACAAAACCAAAUUCUUUCCAUUGUCGAUGUUAAGUUCGUUUAGUGUUCGCUGUGCUUUGUAUCCUUUAACCUUAAUAAAAACUAGAUUGCAAGUACAGAAGCGUAAUGAUAUGUACACGGGUAUGUUAGAUGCUUAUGGAAAGAUAUACAGAUACGAAGGCGUUUCGGGAUUGUACAAAGGAUUUUGGAUCUCCUCUGUACAGAUAGUCAGUGGUGUUUUCUAUAUUUCCACAUAUGAAGGAGUCAGACAUCUAUUAUCUAAAAAAGAUAUUGACUCUAGACUAAGAGCGCUGGUAGCAGGAGGAUGCGCCUCUUUGGUUGGCCAAACCAUAGUAGUACCUUUUGAUGUGCUCAGUCAGCACCUUAUGAUGAUUGGCCCAGUUGGCAAAGACACUAUAGCGUUUAACCCUCUGCAAAUAAACAAUAGCCCUGGCCGAAGUAAAGUAGCUAUUACAGCCGAAUUGACGAGAAGAAUAUUCAAAAUGGAUGGCUUUAGAGGAUUUUACAGAGGUUAUUGGGCAAGUUUGGCCGCAUAUGUUCCAAACUCUGCCCUUUGGUGGGGAUUUUACCAUUUCUAUCAAGAUGAGCUCUUCAAAAUAAUUCCAUCCUACGUAUCUCAUCUGCUAAUACAAACUCUGGCAGGCACAUUAGGCGGUUUUACAACUACCAUUAUUACAAAUCCUUUAGAUAUUGUGAGGGCGCGCCUACAAGUUCAACGAAUUGAAUCCAUGCGACUAGUUUUUAGGGAUCUGUGGAGGGAGGAACGUUUUCUAAUGUUCACCAAAGGGCUAAGUGCCAGGUUGGUGCAGUCAGCUACUUUUAGUUUUAGCAUUAUUUUAGGCUAUGAAACUAUCAAAAGAGUAUCUGUUAACGAGGAGUAUAGAGAGUAUAUCCGUUGGUGAUACUAUCAUUGUUUAUCUUUGUUAUUUAGUAAAAUUUAUCUGUUGAUUUAUUUCAUAUUUUAUUGAAUCUGUGGUUUAGAUUUAUGUAAGGGGCUCGCAAAAUAAUUGAUUGAAAUUCAAAUACACACCAAAGUGUUCCAUAUGCUAGAAUAGGUAGAGACUUCUUGUAGUUUUAAAAUUAAAGAAUAUACAUUUUUGUUCAGUUGUUUGUUAGUUCGGUUGGUUUUUUGCGCACAAACGAUUGCAAUGCGAUUAUUAAAAGCUAGGUCCAAAAUACGUCUAAAAUACGUUAAUUAAUAUUUUCCGUAAGGAAGUCUAAAUAUGAAUACAAGCAAAAAUCGUUUCCGGCUAAAAAGCGGAGGGUCGCGAUGUUUAUGUUCAUUUGAUCAUGAAGUUAACAAGUGUGUUUUUUAAGUAAAAUUGACGAUUCAGUGUAAGGCUGAAUGAUAUGGAAGUAUCUCAAAUGCCACAAAGAAAUUCCUUGCAGUUUCGAAAAAAGAAUUUAAAUUUAUUACAGAGCUCAUUUCAUCUAAUUCUGAGGUGCGUUUGAAUAGUCAUUUCUUAUAUUCAACCAAACGCAAAGCCGCGAAAAAACGGAAACUUGCACCAGGGAGCUUAAUCUAUUUUAUCUUCAAGCCUACAAUUGACUAGAAAAAAUAGGAUGCCUUUUUAACCAGGAGUAUAGUGAAUCUUAUAAAUCCGAUGUUGUAUCUAUCCAAAUUUCAUGGUGCGGGCAGCAAAUUAGAAUCAAUUAUUUUGUAAACAUUAAUCCAAGCACUUCAACAGACAUCUUUUGCCAAUUAAAAUACACAAACCCUUGUCGCUUUUUUAUAGCAAAAGUUUUGCAUUUUUUACAUGACAUAAUAUAUAUAGAACUUCGGCCGCAAAUUGCGUACCGCUUAAAUUUCAAGUUUUUCAGUAACUUCUAAUAGAGCGCCAGAAAAAAUCAUUCUUUAUUAGCAGCAUAUGCUUGUAAUUGAGUUCAGUCGAAUUCUCAGUUCGAUCGUUUGGGUAGGGAAUGCUAGGCUAUUUAUUAAAGUACAGUUUAAUUGAACCAAAUAUUGUAAACUAAAUGUAUAUAACCAUUUUUAAAAAUUAUUGAAUGUUGAAAGUAUAUUUUUAUAGUUUUUUUUUGUUUGUUUAGUUUACUAUUUAUUGAUAAAGGUUUAUUAUUGUGUUACCGUUCAAUGUCUUUUUUAACUUUGCGGAACCAUUGAUAUUUACUGAUGUAUUCGUCGUAGUGACAAAAUUAAAAUUUGUACGAAAAUUAUAUUAUUAAUUGAUAUUCAUCACUUUGUCCAGAGCAGUCACAUAUUCAGUUUUAAACCUGCAUUGUCAUGAAACUUUAACAACAAUAUUUAGAACUUAUAUGUUGUUCGCUAGGGUAAAUAAAUCUUACUUCAUCAAGAUUCAAGGGUUUAAAACUCAUCAUCAUCAUCAUUUUUGAGGCCUGGUUUGUUGUUAUUUUAAAAAGGAUUAAAGUUUUUAAAUGAUUAUUAUUGUAACCUAGAUCGUUAAUGUUUUACAUCAUUCAUGUGCAUCAAUAAAUAACUGGUUCGGCAUAAGUGACGAAGAUAGAACAUAUGUCUACACUGUUUUUAUUAGAAGUUUUGACAAUAAAUUAUAUCGAUAGAUGUAUAA